GGUAUUCUACCGAAUCUUUCGCAAAGGAUUCGGGGGCCGAUUUCAAAAUUGUGGAUUUGGUGCAUCCCUAGAAUUCAGGACCAGAUUUACCUACCUAUUUUUCAUAGCCUAAGCCCACAAAGAGUCUCUCACACAAACCAGUGACGAUGGUGUGAUUCUAUUGAAGAAAUAUUACACUUAGAAACACAGUAUUGUCAUUCUGGAAUUUACAAAGCAAGUAAAUACUGAAAGUCAGUCUUAUCUUGAUUGUAGGAAAGUAAACUAUACAUUUUUAGAAGUUUCCAAGGAUAUUUAUACGUUGAGUGACGUAAUCUAAGCCGUAUUUAUGUGGGAAUUUAUGUGGGAAUACUAUUGCCAAUGGUAAUUAACAAAAAAAAUUUCAAUCUGGCAAGUCAAAGUAUAACGAUUUUUAGUUGUGAAUUUAGUGCAUAUCAGCCAUAAUAAUUCAAUAUGCGUGAAGCCUUUUCAUUUUUUUAUGAGCUAUAGAAUGCCUUUUUGCCCCUUGUAGAAAUGUGAUGGUAUUAAUUUCCCAUCUGGUGCUUGGCAUCCUUAGAUUGGUGCAGGUUUUACUCCGCAGAUUAUAUAUUACUUUCAAAGCACUCAUUGCAUGUGAAAACACAAGUGUGUAACAGUAAAGCAGAGAAUUGUUCUUUUCAUAGUCACUUUCUCUCUCCUUUUGACAACUGCGCAUGUGUCGAAAGUGCCGGAAAUUGCUGAAGUGCUGGAAGAAGACCCGAAGAUUACUGAAGAGAAGAAGAUGGUACCCGUGAACUCUGAUCCGCUGAAUCUACAAUGAGGGCUGUAUUGAAGUAUUAGACACGUGGAAAACUACUUUUUGACUUUGCGAUGAAUAUUGUGUGUCAAUGCCAGAUGCAUCAAAAAAGGUUUCACCGAAGAUAUGUACAUAAUAUUCCAAAGGAAAAUACCAAAGUCAUUUGCAGACGAUGCAAGGCAAUGCUGGGAGAGAAAGUGUCAUCAGAUACUAUCAAGUACUAAAUCACAGAAAUAAUGAUUCAGCCAUCAAAUUCAUGUUAUUACAUGAUUUCAAGAUGCCAAAGGAAAAUACCAAAGUCAUUUGCAGAGGAUGCAAGGCAAUGCUGGGAGAGAAAGUGUCAUCAGAUACUAUCAAGUGCUACACCACAGAAAUAAUGAUUCAGCCAUCAAAUGAAUGUUAUUACAUGAUUUCAAGAAUGAAAUAUUUGGAAAGCAUUUUAGUGCGGCUUCUCAUGGAAUACUCUACCUGUAGGAGUACUUUUAGGUUCUGCAUUCAGAUGGCAAGCGCUUUCUUUUGCUGGGACUCAGAUAUGUGAAAUCCUGAAGACUGUAGCUGUAAGUUGAGGCGGUGUCAAUGUUGAGGACCUCUAAGGCACUUGCUGGAAUGCUCACAUCAGGA